CUAUAACCAGUGCCCUGGACAAUACUCUUGCAAGUGAUCCCACCGCAGUCAUUUUUGGUGAAGAUGUCGCUUUUGGUGGGGUUUUCCGAUGCACGGUUGGACUGAGAGAUAAAUAUGAGCCUAAGCAUCUGAUGAGCGUCUCCAGAUCUUUGCUGAUCCUAUCCUGCUGGAAAUCUACGACGUGGUGCAGCGGACGGUCCCUUCCUGCAGCGACUUUCCCCUGGGCGUCUCGGCAGUUCCGGAAGUGUCUGAGCAAUUCUUUUUUUCUAAAAGAGCAAAUUUCUCCAGCGUGGCAUGUCCCGCUGUUCUCUUGGGUGCGACGCGCUCAUUGAGGAAGGGGAUGGACACGAUGUCUGUCUCAGGUGUUUGGGUCUCCGGCACGCUGAGGCAGCCUUCGUGGAUACAUCCUGCCUGCACUGCGGGCGGAUGCCUAUCCAGACGUUGCGGUCACGGGUGGCGGUAUUCUUCAUGGAUAAAGCCACCACCUCGUCUGUUACCCGAUCCGUGACGGCAGUGACUACGGCCCUGCCGCCCGCUUCGGUUAACACCGGGGGUGAUAUGGGGAUCACUGUGAAUGUUAACCCGCCAGCCGCAGGCUCACGGACCGUUCACACCCCGUCUCGCUCGUCUGACCAUCCCUUAAAAGACGGUCCUACCCCGUCUUGUUCCUCCGCCACGUACUCGGAAGUGCGUGACGAAGAUGAGAUGUCGAUCACAGUAUCAGAGGGCGAUCUUUUGGCAUCCGACCCCGACGAUUCCUCGGAGCUCCCUCCCCCGGGGGGUCGAGCCCAGGAAGAAGAGGACGUUGAGAUGUCAACCAUGCUUUUCCGGGCCGCCGCGAGCAUUGGGCUGCAGUGCACAGCACCGCCUUUACCCCAGCGCUUGCGGUUGGAUACGUGGUACCUGGGGUCUGAGCGCGGCUCCAAGCCGCGCCCAGCUCCGGUCCCGUUCUUCCCGGGGUGCAUGAGGAGCUGAGUAAGACUUGGAACGCGCCCCUCACAGCCCGUUCCAAUCAGAAAGGCUCAGUCGCCCUUACUUCCCUCGAUGGUGGGGCGGCCAGGGGCUAUGUCGAGAUCCCCCAGAUGGAGCGUGCUGUCGCGGUGCACCUGUGCCCGCAGACAGCGGCCACCUGGAGGGCUCGGCCUAGACUCCCAUCCAAGGCGUGUAAGUUUUCGGCAUCUUUGGUGUCGAAGGCUUACACGGCUGCGGGUCAGGCCGCCUCCUCCCUCCACGCCAUGGCCAUCCUGCAGGUCCAUCAGGCCAAGGCGUUGAAGGAGCUCCACGAGGGCAAGACCGACCCAACGGUAAUGCAGGAACUCCGUACCGCCACCGAUCUCGCUCUACGGGCGACUAAGGUGACGGCACGGGCCUUGGGUCGGGCGAUGUCCACCAUGGUGGUCCAAGAGAGGCACCUCUGGCUCAACCUUGCGCAGAUGCGGGAUGCUGAGAAAGUUCGCUUUCUCGACGCCCCCAUCUCGCAGGGAGGGCUGUUUGGUGACACCGUUGAGGAUUUCUCUCAGCAGUUCUCGACGGUGAAGAAGCAGACGGAGGCAAUCAGACACAUCCUGCCCCGCCGUGACUCGGUCGCCGUCAGGCCUUCGAGAUCCCGAGCGGCGUCUGCUUCCCAGCAGCCUCGGCCCUCUUCGACUCCGGUUCCGGCUCCAGUGCCCCCUUCUCAGGCUGCCUCCUGGAAAAGGACGUCAAAGAGGAAACCGCCUCCCCAUCAGCAGCCGUCACGGAAGCAGAAGCGGCCCUGACGGAGAGACCCCAGGGAGAUUGAGACUACCACCGGGCCCGAUCCCAGCCACUCCAUCGCUGGGUCGGAUAGGGACGGUUCCUGCCCCGUCCUACCAUCAGCUGGUCCCCCCUGGGGGGCCAGCGCCCACUUCCUCACAAAAGCUCAGCUUCCCAAUCUGUCAGGCUGGCUGAGGAAGACGAUCUGUCUCGGCUACGCGAUUCAGUUCGCUACACGUCCGCCCAAGUCCCGGGGUGUCCUUUUUACCUCAGUCAGAGGCAGGGAUGCCCCCGUACUGUGGGCGGAGGUCGCCUCCCUUCUGGUGAAGGGAGUGAUCGAGCCCGUCCCACCGGCCGAGAUGUUCAGCGGGUUCUACAGCCCGUACUUCAUUGUCCCCAAGAAAGGCGGAGGGUUGCGCCGUAUCUUGGAUCUGCGUGUUCUGAACAGACACCUACACAAGCUGCCUUUCAGGAUGGUCACGCAGAAGCGCAUCCUGACGUCCGUCAGGCGUCAGGACUGGUUCAUGGCAAUCGACCUGAAGGACGCGUACUUUCAUGUCUCGAUCCUCCCUCGACACCGGCCGUUCCUGUGGUUCGCGUUCGAGGGACGGGCAUAUCAGUACAGGGUCCUCCCCUUCGGUCUGUCCCUGUCUCCACGAGUCUUUACGAAGGUCGUGGAAGCCGCCCUCCUUCCCCUCAGGGAAGAAGGUGUGCGGGUACUCAACUAUCUCGACGACUGGCUCAUCUUGGCUCACUUGCAAGAUCUGUUGUGUACACACAGGGACCUGGUGCUCCGGCACCUAGAUCGGUUGGGACUACAGGUCAACUGGGAAAAGAGCAAGCUCUCCCCUGCGCAGAGCAUCUCCUUUCUCGGUAUGGAACUCGACUCCAUCUCCAUGACAGCGUGCCUGGUCAGUGUUACACUGCCUGAAGCAUUUCAGGCAGCCAGCGGUCUCCCUGAAACAAUUUCAGAGGCUCCUGGGGCACAUGGCAUCCUCGGCGGGGGUGGUCCCCCUCGGGUCGAUGUACAUGUGACCGCUCCAACACUGGCUACAGAGUCGAGUUCCUUGGAGAGCGUGGCACACCAGCAGCAGGCGUAUGGUCAUCACGCCUUUCUGCCGGCGCACCCUGACCCCUUGGUCGUCUAUAGCCUUCCUACGGGAGGGGGUCCCCCUAGGGCAGGUAUCAAGACACGUCGUGGUAAUGACGGAUGCCUCCCUUCAGGGCUGGGGUGCUGUGUGCAACGGGCACGCAGUGUCGGGGCAGUGGAAGGGCCCCCGCCUGCGUUGGCAUAUCAACUGCCUAGAGUUGUGGGCUGUGCUACUUGCACUGAAGAGGUUCCAACCCUUCGUACAGGGCAGGCACGUGCUGGUCCGGUCGGACAGCACAGCUGCCGUGGCGUAUAUCAACCACCAGGGUGGUGUUCGUUCACGGCAGCUAACACGACUCGCCCGACGCCUCCUCCUGUGGAGUCAGCAGGUGAUCAGCUCCCUGCGAGCCAUACACAUCCCGGGUGACCUGAACCAGACAGCACACCGGCUCUCUCGUCAGUGGUCACCUCGCGGAGAGUGGCGACUCUACCCUCACGCGGUUCAGCUCAUAUGGGAGCAGUUCGGCCAGGCGCAGGUGGACCUGUUUGCCUCCCCGGACACCACCCAUUGUCCGCUUUGGUACUCCCUAUCCAACGGUCCCCUCGGUACGGAUGCCCUUGCGCACAGCUGGCCGUGGGACAAGAGGAAGUACGCCUUCCCCCCAGUGAGCCUCAUUGCACAGACCCUGUGCAAGGUCAGGGAAGAGGAGCAUCAAGUGCUACUAGUUGCGCCCUAUUGGCCCAACAGGACUUGGUUGUCAGAGCUGGUGCCCCUGACAACAACCCCCCCUGGCCGAUUCCCCUGAGGAAGGACCUCCUUUCUCAGGGGAAGGGCACGUUUUGGCAUCCCAGGCCAGACCUCUGGAACCUCCAUGUCUGGCCCCUGGACGGGACGAGGAGAUCCUGAGCGACCUACUCCCGGCGGUGGUAGAGACCCUCACACAGGCUAGGGUCCUGGCCACUAGGAGAUUGUAUGCCUUCAAGUGGCGCAUCUUCUCGUCCUGGUACUCUUCUCACUGAGAAGACCCACAGAGAUGCUCGAUCAGGUACGUACUGUCCUUUCUCCAGGAGAGACUUGAGAAGAACCCCUUCCACACUGAAGGUGUAUGUUGCCACUAUAGCCGCACAUCACGAUCCAGUUGCUGGUAAGUCUCUAGGAUAGCACGACCUGGUCACCAGGUUCCUGAGGGGCGCGAGACGGUUGAAUCCGCCUAGCCCGCGCCCCGUACCCUCUUGGGACCUCAAAGUGGUCCUGGAGGGCCUCCAGAGGCCCCCCUUCGAGCCCCUAGGAGAGGCCGAUCUUUCUCGCCUGUUGAUAAAGACGGCCCUCCUGGUAGCGCUCGCCUCCUUCAAGAGGGUAGGGGACCUACAAGCAUUCUCUGUGACCUCGGGUUGCCUAGAAUUCGGGCCUGGAGACUCUCACGUUAUCCUAAGACCACGGCCCGGCUACGUGCCCAAAGUUCCCACCACUACCUUCCGGGACCAGGUGGUGAACUUGCAGGCGCUCCCCACCGGGGAGGAAGACCCAACCCCUUCCGUGUUGUGUCUAGUACGCGCACUGCGCCUCUACUUGGACCGCACGCAGAGCUUCAGAAGCUCUGAGCAGCUCUUUGUCUGUUUUGGAGGUCAGCAGAAGGGGAGAGCUGUCUCCAAACAGAGACUGGCGCACUGGAUCAUGGAUGCCAUAUCCUUGGCAUACCGGUCGCAAGAUCGCCCCUGCCCCUUAGGAGUUAAGGCGCAUUCCACUCGGGGUGUCGCCUCCUCGUGGGCACUGGCUCAGGGCGCCUCUCUGUUCUAGGUUCUACAACCUCCGCGUUGAACCGGUGUCAGCCCGCGUCCUGCAGGGCAACAGGUAGGACCGGCAGCCGUUGGGCGUACGCCUGCGUAAGCCCUUCCCCCUCCGGGGGGAGCAGUGGAGAUCCCUCCUCACUUCUUUCCCCUCGGGUAAAGAAUAGGCAUUACAUCCAUCUCUAAGCACCCUUCCAGGGGACAGGCCGGGGAACAGUUGAGUUAUCUCCCAGAUAGCUCUAACCGGACCUAGUGCUCCAGACGUGGUAACCCCCCCCUCCGUGGGCUGUUCCGUCUGAUGUAUCCUCAUGAAUGGUUCCCACCUUGGCAACCCAUUACCUCCCCAGGUGGACUCCCACCUUGCGGUUAACUCCUGCAGUCCGCACAUUCUUCCCAUGAGUUCUCCCUGAUGGUGAGACCAUGUGGUGUCUCCACUAAUUCCUCCCUACGGUAGGUAGUGGCCUCUGCAGCGUUUUUCCCCCAGGGGGAAUAAUGCUUACCCAGUGGCCCGUACGGUGCCUGGCGGAUUCUCGCCAUUUAGAGAAUUAGGCCUCCGCCCGUGACGGCCGGUGUUAGGGGCUUCCCAACUUUUGUAUAAAGCUCUGGGUCCCCCUUCCUCUCCACUGGAAGGUCAUAAUUUUGCGUAGUGUGUUCGUCUGACUCGCCCAGGCCAGUCAACGUCGCUCCGCAGAGAUUAUGACGCGGCUCAGUGCUGUGGUGUUUUCCAUAGGAACCCCAUUCUGUCGGUUCGACACAACGUCGAGAGACCGACAGAAAGGGAACGUCUUGGUUAUGGAUGUAACCUCGGUUCCCUGAUGGAGGGAACGAGACGUUGUGUCCCUCAUGCCACAACACUGGCCGG